AUGAUAGCUAGAGUACUCACCGUUGCGGGCUCUGACUCUGGAGGAGGAGCUGGCAUCCAAGCCGACCUCAAGGUCAUGACUGCCCACAAUGUCUACGGCAUGAGCGUCAUCACUGCAGUCACUUCUCAGAAUACGCUUGCAGUCGACGCAGUACAGCUUAUGGAUGCUGAGAUGCUGGAGAAGCAGUUUCGCUCUGUCGUUUCUGAUCUCGGUUGCGAUGCUGUCAAAACGGGCAUGCUUGGCGACCGUAAGAAUGUUAUCAUGCUCGCCUCUUUGCUUCGGGAGUACAAGCUGAAUAAUCUCGUGGUCGAUCCUGUCAUGGUAGCAACGACUGGUGCUCGGCUACUAUCUAUGGAUGCUGUUGAAGCAUACAUGAAUUUACUCUUGCCCAUCGCUCAAGUUGUCACUCCCAACCUCGAGGAGGCCAGAUUGCUUCUUGCGGAAGCACGCGGUGUACCUUUCAAAUCAGUGCCAGCAAUCGACAGUGUUGAAGCAAUGAGGCAAGCUGCAAAGGAAUUGUCGCUGCUUGGGCCUAAGUACGUCCUCGUCAAAGGUGGUCAUCUCCCACUGAACGAACAUAUGCAUAAGCAGGACUCACCCAACCGCACUGGUGCUUUAGUCGCCGAUGUGCUAUACGGGGCCGAUACGUUUCAUGUAAUGGUCAGUAAAUGGUCGCCUUCUCGCAACACGCACGGGACAGGCUGCUCACUGGCCAGUGCUAUUGCAUGCCAAUUGGCACAAGGGAAGGGCAUGCCAGAGGCAUGUCAAGAGGCAAUAAGCUAUGUCCACGGUGCUAUACAGCACAGCUUCGAUCUUGGCUCUGGUAGUGGACCGUUGAAUCACAUGUAUCGAAUGUCGCAGUUACCGUUCACGCCGGGCGCUUUCAUCGACUUUCUCAUCAAGCAUCCAAAAGUUCAACCUGCGUGGACAGCCUAUACUGAACACUCGUUCGUAAAAGGGCUUCAAGACGGUUCAUUGCCACUCGAUGCGUUCAAGAAGUUCCUGCGGCAAGAUUAUCUAUACCUGGUUCAGUACGCGCGGCUGACCGCAUUGGCGGCAUACAAGUGUGACAGGCUGGAAGAUAUUGCAGGCUCAGCUCGUGUGAUCCUUCACAUCGAAGAGGAACUCAAAUUACACGUCAGCUACUGUCAAUCUUUCGGCAUAUCAAAAGCUGAGCUCGAGAAUGGACAAGAAUCGAUAGCUUGCACAGUGUACACACGGUAUAUUGAAAGCAUCGGAAAUUCCAAGGAUUGGCUCUCGUUGCAGGUAGCAUUGGCUGCAUGUCUUGUGGGUUAUGGAGCUGUGGGCGAACGACUUGCAAAAAGUCCAAAGACGGACAGAUCCUCUGUAUACUGGGCAUGGAUUCAGAAUUAUGCAGCCGAUGACUACACUCAAGCAGUGAAAACAGGAAGAGCACUAAGUGAAAGACACGCGAUGCAAUGUUCCCCUAGCAAGGUUGAGGAGCUCGUCGAAAUCUUCAGACGAGUGACAGAGUACGAAGCCAACUUCUGGACAAGCGCCAUGGAGAGCGACAAUCAGAACUGA